AGAAGUUUUUCAGCCGUGUUUUUUUGACACCCGCAGAUUUUGUAUUUUCUACAUUUUCCACCUUUUACACGCUUAGUAGCCAAAACAUUUGCUCUCACGAGCUAGCAGAACUGUGCUGGGGAUUCAGUAGAGUGGGGAAUAGUGUUUGCUGGCAGUCUUCUGGGGCCCCAAAGACGCUGAGUGUGAGGUUAGGGUUGAGAAUCUCGCCAGUCAUUUCCUGGGCAACGCGAGUAUCGCGGGGGGUGUUGAGUGGGGCGGCCCAAGGCGUUCUAUGGAUGCAGGAAACGUAACAGUUGACUUUAUGCAAGAGAGUCGCUGAGCGACCGACUGACGCAGAGCUGCCGAGUCAGUGUGUCGUGGAGUGUCGAAGUGUCCGGACGUGAGCUUUUGGAGUCCCGCGGAUCUCCGUGUAUUGAGUAUCUCCGGCCAGCAGUGAUUUUCUCCUCCAAGCCACCAAUCAGACAUGGCUCGAUCAAUUGGCAUUUUCCUGGGAAUAUUCCUCAUGAUCUCUGCGAGUUUGGGUCAGAAUUUGGAUCUCGAUGGCCUGAAGUCGCAACUGCCCGAGGGUCUCUUGCCGACGAAUUUGAACAACAUGACGGCGCCGAUUGAGGACAUCAGGAAGCUGGCCAAGGAUAAGUGCAACACCGUGUCCGGAAGCGAUGCGGCCUUUGAGGCGAUCGAAGAGGCUGCUGGACAGUUGAUGGAGUGCAUGACGACGCUUUUCAACUUUUCCUCGCUGACUGAGGAGAUUGAGAAGGCGCAGCCGAACGGUGAACUGGACACGGUGUUCAACAAGUACUGUCGAAAGCGCCACGUUGCCAGUGAAUGCUUCAUGAACUUCUCCAAGGUGCUGGAGCCUUGUCUCACCAACGAAGAGAUUUCACACAAGGAAGUGUACACAAACAUCAGCAACAGUCUGCUGGGAUUCGUGUGUCACAAGGAUGGCGAUCAGAUUGCGCUGUUCAUUGCUGAGAAGGGCCCAGAGUGUUUCCAGGAGCGCAAGGAUGGCAUGAUUGAGUGCUUCAACAAGACCUUCCCGAAGGUCUUUGAUCGCGUCAAUACCAUCAGCAAUGAACCGAUGUCACUCGACAAUUUGCCGAAGUUUGUCUUUGGUCCUGAUCAAUGCCAUGACAUGGAAAGGCUGCAAAUGUGCGUGGUGAUGGAGUUGGAGAAGUGUGAGGAAUCCACACCAGCUAAUCUCGUGGAUUCUGCCUUCAAGUUUAUUCGCAAUAAUACACCAUGCCAGAACGUCACUUCAAUAAAUAAGGGACGAGCCAAUAGUGCGGAGAGUUCAAGGGCUUCGCAUGUCAUUCUUGGCGCUGCUCUGCUGGCCAAUGUGGCCAAAUAUCUGCUAUGAAUUUAAGAGAGAGAGAAAAAUAUUCGAGAUUUCGCAUAUUGACUGUGAUCCUCAUGAGCAGAACAAGCUGAAUACAAAGAUAGGAUGAAAAGUGAAAGGCACUUUGGACAGUAGAAAAAUUCCCACGUUAGAAAAUCACAUUCAUUGCAUGAGAGAGCAAAGAGAAAAGUCUCUCUCAGUCUCUAUAUAAAAACAAAAAAAAAGAUUUAUGUGUGUCGUCUAAUUACAUUAAUUGGCAGUUGAAUUGAGAGAUGAAGAAGAAGGCAGAAGUAUCGAUGUUAAAUGGAGAAGAUUUACUAUUUUUUACACCUUGGAAUGUUUGUUAGAGAUAAGUUGAAAUCACAUUUUUCUGGAUGUUUUACAGAUUAGUUGAGUAUUUUCUUUAUUAUCUUGGAAUUAAUGGUUAAGAACAAUUUUUUCUUCCUUUCCUCGCGCACUCUUGAAAUAUUCCUGUAUAUAUAUAUGUAUAAUUGACGUUGCCUCCUUUUUGCGGGUGUGUUUUUCCGUUCUUUUUUUUCCCUGAGAAUUAUUCUGCAAUACUCUUUCUCUAUGGCGUCAUGUAAAAUCAAUAAUAAAUGUGUAAUUUAUAUGCGAAA